AGCACCACCAACCAUGGCUUCCCGCAUCGCCGCCCUGCAGAGGCAGCAAUUGAGCCGGCCUAGCCUUCGCCUGUCGCGACAGCUCCCGCUCGCACGCCAAUGGCCCUCGAUUGCCCGUCAUUCCUCUACGGCCUCCUCCACCUCCGAAGCCGCCGCUAAGACCGCCUCUGAAGCUGCCGACAAGACCACCCGCAAGGCCAAGUCUACCGGCUCCCGGGUGAAGAACUACUUCUGGGGCAGCACCCUCCUCCUCGUCGGUACUGCUGGUUACCUCUACUCCUCCGAUACGCGCGCCAGCUUCCAUCAAUGGCUCGUUCCACGUGUGAUCCGCACCGUCUGGCCCGACGCUGAGGAGGCCCACCACGUCGGCACCAAGGCUAUGGAGACAAUGUACCGCUUCGGUAUACACCAGAGGGAGCGCGGCGAUCCCGAUGCUGCGGGCGACCUGCAGAUCACCGUGUUUGGACACACGUUGGACAACCCCAUCGGUAUCUCUGCUGGUCUGGACAAGAAUGCCGAGAUCCCGGAUCCGCUGUUCGCCCUGGGCCCUGCUGUUGUUGAGGUCGGCGGUAUCACACCCAUGCCGCAAGAAGGCAAUGCCCAGCCUCGCUGCUUCCGCGUCCCCAGCCAGCAGGCCCUGAUCAACCGCUACGGACUCAACUCGGAGGGUGCCGACAAUGUGGCCCAGAGGCUGCGCCAGCGCGUCAGGGAGUUUGCCUACCAGAUUGGCUUUGGCAUUGAUACCGAGGGCGAGCAGGCAGUUCUCGACGGCCUGGCUGGCGUGCCUCCGGGAAGUCUGACGCCCGGCAAGAUCAUGUGUGUGCAGGUCGCGAAGAACAAGAACACGCCUGAGGGUGACAUCGAGGCCGUCAAGAACGACUACGUCUACUGCGUCGACCGCCUCGCCCGCUACGCCGACGUCAUCGUCGUGAACGUUUCCUCGCCCAACACGCCCGGUCUGCGCACCCUUCAGCGCCACGAGCCCUUGACGCGCAUCCUCAGCGGCGUCGUCGGCUCCGCCAAGGCCGUCGACCGCAAGACCAAGCCCGCCGUCAUGGUCAAGGUCAGCCCUGACGAGGACUCGGACGAGCAAGUUUCGGGCAUCUGCGAAGCCGUCUGGGACAGCGGCAUCGACGGCAUCAUCGUCGGCAACACGACCAAGCAGCGCCCCGAGGCCCUCCCCAAGGGCUACCUGCUGUCGGGCAAGGAGCAGCACACGAUGCUGGAGCAGGGCGGGUACUCUGGCCCACAAAUGUUCGACCGCACGCUCUCGCUCGUCGCCAAGUACAGGCACGCGCUGGACCAGGGCCCGAUUGAGAAGGUGCCAGUCGAAGAGGAGCAGCCCAAGGCUAUCGAGCAGGCCCCCGCUGCCGAGCCCGAGGAGCCCUCGACGGUCACGGUCGCCGGCCCGGUACCCCACUCGGCGCCGGCGUCGCGCGCGACCUUCAUCGAGGAGGCGCACGAGCCGACGUCGCCGCUGGAGGUGGCGGUGGCGGAUGCUGCGGCGCCUGCGGCUGCUGCUGCUGCUGCCACCAACCCGUUCGACCACCCGCACAAGGAGAUUUGGGCUACCGGCGGUGUGGCGACGGGGCAGCAGGCGCUGCAGCUGCUGAAUGCGGGGGCGAGCGUCGCUAUGAUUUAUACCACUAUGGUGUAUAAUGGGUCGGGGACGGUGACGCGGAUUAAGAAUGAGAUGAGGCGGGCGUUGGAGGAGAAGCGGUAGGUGAACGUAAUUGGAGGUUGGGGGUGUGGGAGGUGCUGUUGUUGGUGGUGGUGGUUGUGCGUACCUACAUACGUACAAGAGGGUUUCAAGAAGCUUUAUACAUACAUACAUGCAUAGAUAAGAACUGUAGGGGUAGGGGCAGGGGUAGGAGCAAGAAGGAAGAAGAAGGGAAAAAACGUCGAUUUCUGCUG